AAAAAAAAGAAAAGUCCUCUUUUCUUCCUUUAUUCAACUUAACUAUUCAAUAAAACGACAAAAAAAGAAAACUACCUUUCUGCCCUGUCUGCUUUGCCCUUGAGAAUUUUCAAAAACAAAAAGCCCACGAAAGAUGGAGGAACCCAAUAAUACAAGUCCCGUGGAAAAGCUUAAGCUUUGAGGUUUGAAGAACAUUAUGAAGGCAUGUGAUGGUUGUCCAAAGUCAAAAACUCUUUUUAUUUCUUUGCAUUUCUCUCCCUCUACUGCCCCCCUUAAGUCUCAGGUUGGAAACCCUCUCAUUCUCUUGCUUUAUCCCCAAGUUUUGCUUUUGGAUUGGUUAGAACCUUCCAUAAACGUUAUUGUUUCAUUUUCUUAUUCUUUUUCAAUACCCUAUGUAGCUUAUUCGCCCGGAAGAUUUUCAUUUUUCUCUUUUGUUCCCACUAGUUUCUUUUACUUUUGAUAAUCCAAACCCUGUUGACAAUUUCACACUGGAUAAAGGAACCUCCACUUUUAUUCUUUUCUUUGGUUUUAAAUUCAAGGGUUUUGGGGGUUUAGAGGUUUAUGCUUUCUUCAAAAAGCAGCUUUCGCUUAGGGUGAUCCUGUUUUGGAUAUCAAUUUCUGAAAAGUUCAGUUUUUGGAUAAAAGAAGCUCGCAUAUGGUGCUUUGGUGCAAAAUACUUGAGAUUAGAGAUUCAAGGUUUUGAAGAGUUUAAAUGAAAUGGAUGGAUCACAGGGAAGCUCCAACGAGCCGCCGCCUUUUCUUACUAAGAUAUAUGAGAUGGUGGAUGAUCCAAUGACCAACUCCUUGGUAUGUUGGAGUGAAACUGGUUAUAGUUUCAUUGUAUGGAACCCACCAGAUUUUUCAAGAGAUUUGCUGCCAAGAUAUUUCAAGCACAAUAACUUCUCAAGUUUUGUCCGGCAGCUGAAUACUUAUGGAUUCAGGAAGAUUAAUCCUGAUCAAUGGGAGUUUGCGAACGAGGAAUUUAUCAGAGGACAGAAACAUCUUCUAAUGAAUAUUCGUAGACGCAAGCCAAUUCAUAGCCAUUCCUUGAAUCACCAAGGGAACUCCGCUGUGCCAUUAACUGAUGCAGAAAAAAUGAAAUUUGAAGAAGAAAUUACGAGGUUAAGUCACGAUAAGAGUCGGCUUCAAUUGCAGCUACAGAGGCAUCAGAAAGAGAAUCAGGAAUUUCAAUUUCAAAUAAGAUUGUUAGCCGACCGCUUUCAAAAUAUGGAAGACCGACAGGGACAGGUGAUGGUGUUCUUGGCUCAACUGAUAAACAAACAACAUUUUCUGUCUAUGUUCGAGCAAAAGUACGAAUUUCUUAACAAAAAAAGAAAGUUGUUGAAUUCUAAUGACUUCAAUGAUGAAUUCAAUAGGGAAGAACGUCACGGUUUGACUUCUCAGAAUUCAAACAUGGGAGCACUUUCUGCUCCUAUAUUGAAUUUGAAACAGAUCGAGGAGUUGGAAUCAUCUCUAAAAUGUUGGGAAACAUUGUUUUACGGAAUUGGAGAAACUAUGGGUGAACAAGUGUAUGAUUUUGGCAUAUCAUCACGGCCUUCUCCAAUUGUUGUUACUGAACUGCAGACAUCCUCUGGUGACUAUGACAUUCAUGGUGAACUUUGCUCAACUUCAUCACAUCCAUGCUCUCCUUGUUCAACAGAUAUUAACUCCUCGCCUGAGCUGGAUGUGUCUGUUUAUCAUGCUGACAGUCCUCCUGUACCUUCUUUUCACCAUAUUGUCAAUCUUAGCCCAAAAUCUUCUGGAAUUGGUGUAAACUCAAAUAAUGAUAGUCCUCCAGAGACUGAUCAGGCCUUAAAAGAACAGAUAGAAGCAGUGGCAACUGAUCGUGCCGUGCUAGGUAAGGUAAAUGAUGUCUUCUGGGAACAGUUUCUGACAGAAGUUCCCAAUACAUCAGAUGCACAAGAGAGGCAGUCACACCCUAGGACCACAAUAAACAGUGCAGAAUACGUCACAAAGCACAUGUAACACCUUUCUCCGGCUGAAGGAAUGUAAAGUUGGUUGAUCCUUAACUUAGAGAAAAGGUGCUGCUGCUCUGGGCAUCAUUCAUUGAAUUUUGCUUGAUCCCAUUGUUGAAGUGCACAUACGAGAGGCUAGCUGCUAGUCAGACACUCAGACCGAGCUAUUAGCUAUAUUUAUUAAAUUUUGUAGCUAUAUGAUAUGAUGUACAGAUAUAUUAGAUUAUAGGACUCUAUCCUUUUGGUGUGCGUUUACCUAUGUUCUUUUUUUUUAGUUAUUUAGAAACAACUUUCACUUUGUAUUAGAUUAUAGGACACUAUCCUUUUGGUGUGCGUUUACCUAUGUUCCUUCGUUUAGUUAUUUCACUUUGUAUUGAGGAUUCUCCUUUUCUUUACUAAUUAAUUUUGUUCCUAUUUUUGAUGUAGCUCUAUGAUGUGAAAAUAGCUAUUUUAAACUAAAACUAAGAUUUCAGCAUUUGGUUUGAAAAUAACUUGAUCUUAGUAUCAUAUCGAUAAAGAUACAUAUAGCCUGAUAUUGAAAUUCAGAAAAAAAGUCAUUGUCAAGAAGGAAACCUUUCUCAGUUCAUUAUAUACAUCAAAUAUAAAUUUUGCAAGGAUAUCUCAACAAACA